GUUGACCUUUUUAGUUCUACACACUCGACAUUAUUUGCUUUUCCUGCACUCACCAUGGGCUCCCACACAAAGGACAAGAAGGACAAGAAGGAAAAGAAGAAGGCAGAGGCCGUAGCUGAAGCAGCGAAAGUAGAGGAGACGACAGAGCAGCCUACUAGCGAAGCAGGUGCUGAGGAGAGCACAAACGCCAGCGAGCCGUCAGCAGAGGGCCAAGAGGAGAAGGCUAAGAAGGCAAAGAAGCCCCGGUCUGAAUACAGCGUGUGGAUUGGUAACCUCCCAUUCUCAGUGACGCGCGAGGACAUCGAGGAGUUUUUCAAGCCGUGCGGCGGCAACAUCACCCGGAUCAAUCUGCCCAAGAAGAACAACAAGAUCAGAGGGUUUGCGUACGUUGACUUUGACACCGAGAAUGCGAUGACGCUAGCCAUGGCGCACUCUGAGCAGAAGAUCGGGCGGCGUGCUGUCUUGAUCAAAAACGCAAGUGACUUUGUGAAGACGGGCCGCCCAAGCCGCAUCGACCCGAAGGCAACCGAGGCAGAGGCCGAGGCCGAGGAGAAGGGGGACAAGAAGCCCAAGAGCAAGGUCAAGGAUAAGAAGAUGAAGAAACAGAAGCAUGACCCGAGCCCAACGCUGUUCAUGGGCAACCUCAGCUUCGAUGUGAAGAAGGCAGAUCUCAAGUCGAUGUUUGAGCAGUUUGGCAAUAUCGUCGGCAUUCGUGUUGCCACGUUUGAGGACAACCGCGAGAAGUGCAAGGGCUUUGGGUACAUUGACUUCAAGUACACGGAUGAUGCGACCAAGGCGCUGAUGGCCAUGAAUGGCAAGAAGCUGAAGGGCCGCAUGAUGCGCAUAGAGUAUGCAGGCACAGCUGCCACAGAAAAGGGCCGGCCAUGGGAAAAGGACCUGAAGAAGCGCACGGCCGACGACAGUGGCGCGCCUGCAGUGAUGGCUGCGGCAGAACCCGACUUGAAGAAGGCACGCAAGAUGGACACCGAGAACACUGAUAACAUAGCAGAAACCAAGCUGAUGGGUGUUGCCGUGCAGUUCGAGGGCUCCAAGAUCACCUUUGGCGAGUAGCCUUUUGCGUUUUGUAGUUAUUGCAGAGUCUAAAAACCAUCAAUUGAGGGUAUCCGUCGUCACUUG